UCAUGAAAACUUUUGUUAUUGCAACCGCUCUGGCUAUCCAGCACGCCUCUGGUCAUGCUAUUUUCCAGGACCUAUGGGUCAACGGCGUUGACAAAUCCAACACCUGCGUCCGCAUGCCGUCUAGCAACUCUCCAGUGACGAACGUGGGCGGCAACGACAUCAGAUGCAAUGCUGGGACUAGAGGUGUAUCUGGAAAAUGUGCAGUCCAGGCCGGCGACAUAGUCACAGUCGAGAUGCACCAGCAACCUGGUGACCGCAACUGUAAGAACGAAGCCAUUGGCGGUGCCCACUAUGGCCCCGUCAUCGUCUACAUGAGCAAGGUCGCCGAUGCCUCUACCGCUGACGGAUCUGCUGGCUGGUUCAAGAUCUACGAAAAUGGGUGGAAAGCUGCUGGCAAAGGCGCCGCCGAUAACGAUCUCUGGGGUGUCAAGGACAUGAACAACUGCUGUGGGAAAGUGGACGUCAAGAUCCCAUCCCAGCUGGCGGCUGGCGACUACUUGCUGAGAGCUGAGGUCAUUGCAUUGCACACGGCUGGCCAAGCUAACGGUGCCCAAUUUUACAUGAGCUGCUAUCAACUUACUGUCGGUAGUGGUGGUUCUCUUUCCCCAGCUACCGUGAAAUUCCCUGGCGCAUACAAAUCAUCGGACGCAGGUAUCAAGAUCAAUAUUCACGCUGCCAUCAGUAGUUACCCGAUCCCUGGUCCCGCGGUCAUUGCUGAAGGUCAAACCGUCGUUCCGGGAGGCACUGUCUGCACAAAAUCGAACAAGAUUCGCGGGACCAACGGCAUCUUUUGA